CUCAAAAUUCGACAAAUUCGGAUUUGAGUAUAUCACAUAUACUUAUCAAAAAGGACUAGUUUCGUUUCUAAAGAACUUCUUAAUUUGGUAAUCCAAAAAUCUCGAGCAAUAUUAAUUGAAGAUGUGUGUGUACACCCUUCAAUUACACUUUCUUCCUCAACAAAAAAACAAGAUGAAAGACAAAACCAUGAACAUAUUCUUCUUUUUCUUCUUCACAUGCUUUUUCUCUAUACUUAGUCCUCUGAAUGCCAGGAAUGUUUCUCCUCUCCCAUCAUUUUCAGGAAGUGCACCACAGAAUCGAAUCCCAGCUGUAUAUGCUUUUGGUGAUUCGACACUUGAUUCUGGUAACAAUGACUAUAUAACCACACUUUUCACAGGUGAUCAUCUACCAUAUGGAAGAGACUUCCCCGGUCAUGCUGCAUCUGGAAGAUUUACUAAUGGAAGAUUAACUGGUGAUUUUUUAGUAUCUUAUUUAGGUCUUAAAAGGGCAUUACCACCAUAUUUAGCACCAAAGUUAAGUGAUCAAGAAUUACUUAGUGGUGUCAGUUUUGCAUCUGCUGGUACUGGUUUCGAUGAAUUAACUGCACAGACGGCAAGUGUUAUCAAUAUGGAUACACAAAUAAGGUACUUUAGAGAAUACUUGGGGAAGAUUAAUAAAACUGCUGGAGCUGAAAAAAGUGCUGAGAUUAUUAAGAACGGGUUGUUUGUUAUUAGCGCUGGUACAAAUGAUAUGGUGUUUAAUUAUUAUGAUCUCCCCUUGAGAACUGUACAGUAUUCAUUGCCUGAAUACCAUGAUUUCUUGCUUCACAGAUUAGAGAACGUUGUCCAGAAAUUACAUUUCUUGGGUGCAAGAAAGUUUGUUAUAUCAGGUAUGCCACCAAUUGGAUGCUUGCCAGUUCAGAGGACAAUUGGUAGUUUAUUACCUGGUCAACACAUCCUUCAGCGUAUUUGUACUGAAAAACAAAAUUUAGAUACCCAAGCAUACAACCAAAAGCUUCAGAAUCUCAUCCAACGAUUUCAAGCUACACUUUCGGGAUCCAUUUUUGCUUACACCGACUGUUAUGGUCCUAUGAUGGAUAUGGUCAAUAAUCCAUCAAAAUACGGGUUUGAAGUAACUGGACAAGGGUGUUGUGGAACCGGCAUGAUAGAAAUGGGUUUCCUAUGCAGUGGAUUAUUACCGGCAUGUUCAGACGCAUCAAAAUAUAUGUUUUGGGAUGCUGUUCAUCCAACCGAAGCUACUUAUCGUACGCUUGCAUCAAUCUUACAACAAUCAGUUCUUCCUCGUUUUCUUGUUUAAUUAAUUAAUUAGUUUAUUUAUUCGCUGUAAUGUUAACUGUUAGUGAUUCAAGACCAAAAUCUUACGUGCUUAUAUUUAAGUGUAUAUGAGGUUGUCUGAACUGAUUAAGAGUUUGUUUUGAACCAACAAUAUAGUUCAAGAACA